UAGCGCUGACGUCCUGCCGUCAGGUCCACCCAUAGAGCCUCUGGGAUUUUUUUUUUUUUUUUUUUUUUUUUGCCGUUAGCUGGGGCUCCUUGAAUUCUGGAGGUACAGAAGGCCGGCAACGACGAGUUCUAAAGGCGGGAUCCCGCGGAUCCUUGCCUCCCCAGUGCAAGGGGAUGGCCCAUUUCUCCGCCGACGACGAAGCGACGCUGCAGGCGAUGCUGAGGCAGCUGUUCCAGAGCGUGAAGGAGAAAAUUACGGGUGCGCCCUCCUUGGAGUGCGCCGAGGAGAUCCUCUUACAUCUGGAGGAAACUGAUGAGAACUUUCACAACUAUGAAUUUGUGAAAUACCUCAGACAACAUAUAUGCAACACUUUGGGGUCUAUGAUUGAAGAAGAAAUGGAAAAAUGGACAUCUGAUCAGAAUUGGGGUGAGGAAUUUGGCUAUGACACAGUUGUACAGCAUGUUACUAAAAGAACUCAGGAAUCUAAAGAAUACAAAGAAAUGAUGCAUUCCUUGAAGAACAUCAUGAUGAUAGUGGUGGAAUCCAUGAUUAACAAAUUUGAAGAAGAUGAGCUACGAAGUCAAGAGAGGCAGAAAAAAAUGCAAAAGGAGAAAAGCAAUAGUUACUGCACAGACAAUUGCUCUGAUAGUGAUUCAUCAUUCAAUCAGAGUUACAAAUUUUGUCAAGGAAAAUUACAGUUGAUUUUAGACCAGUUGGAUCCUGGACAACCUAAAGAGGUGAAAUAUGAAGCCUUGCAAACAUUAUGUUCAGCUCCACCCUCUGAUGUACUAAACUGUGAAAAUUGGACCACUCUCUGUGAGAAACUGACAGUGUCUCUUUCAGAUCCUGAUCCUGUGUUUACUGACCGGAUUUUAAAAUUCUAUGCGCAAACGUUUACACUUUCGCCAUUAUAUAUGACCAAAGAAAUUUAUACAAGCUUAGCUAAAUAUUUGGAGUUAUACUUUCUUUCUAGAGAAAAUCAUAUUCCUACUCUUUCAACUGGCAUAGAUAUAACUAAUCCUAAUGUGAGCCGCUUACUUAAAAAGGUUCGUCUCCUAAAUGAAUAUCAGAAAGAGGCUCCAUGUUUCUGGAUUCGACACCCAGAAAAGUACAUGGAAGAAAUUGUGGAAAGUACUUUGUCUUUAUUAUCAGUUAAACAUGAUCAGAGCCAUCUUGUCUCACAAAAGAUUUUGGAUCCGAUAUACUUUCUUGCAUUGGUUGAUACCAAGGCUGUGUGGUUCAAAAAGUGGAUGCACGCAUAUUAUAGCAGAACUGCAGUACUAAGACUUCUUGAAAAGAAAUAUAAAUCUCUGAUAACUACAGCAGUUCAGCAGUGUGUUCAGUACUUCGAGUUGUGUGAAACCAUGAAAGCUGAUGAGGCUUUGGGACAUUCAAAGCCUCAUGGGAACAAGCAGAAAACUUUCUACUACUCAGGACAAGAAUUACAGUAUAUUUAUUUCAUUCACUCACUGUGCCUUUUAGGAAGAUUAUUGAUCUAUACACAAGGCAGGAAGUUAUUUCCUAUAAAGCUGAAGAAUAGGAAAGAUUUGGUAACCCUCACGGAUCUGCUGGUUCUGUUUACCCAGCUUAUCUAUUACUCACCGAGUUGUCCAAAGAUGACAUCAUCUAUACAUUUAGAGAAUUAUUCUCCUGCAAGUAUGGUAACUGAAGUUCUGCGUAUACUCUGUGAUCAAAAAGAAUGUGCAAUUGAGUGCUUGUAUAACAACACUGUGAUUGAGGCGCUUCUUCAGCCUAUCCAUAACUUAAUGAAAGGAACUAAGGCUGUUCCAUAUUGCUCUGAAACAGCUUUAAUUCAUAUAGCUGAUAUCUUGGCAAGAAUUGCAUCUGUGGAAGAAGGACUUAUCUUACUACUUUAUGGAGAAAAUAUGAACUCUUCUGAAGAAAAAAGUCUUACAGGUGCUCAUAUAAUUGCCCAGUUUUCGAAAAAACUUCUUGAUGAAGAUAUUUCUAUUUUCUGUGGAUCGGAAAUGUUUCCUGUGGUUAAAGGAGCUUUUACUUCUGUUUGUCGUCAAAUAUAUGGUACAUGUGAAGGCUUGCAGGUGUUAGUUCCGUAUAGUUUGCAUGAAUCUAUAGUGAAGGCAUGGAAGAAGACAAGUUUGCUAUCAGAAAGAAUUCCUACUCCAGUAGAGGGUUCUGGUUCUGUUUCUUCAGUAAGCCAGGAAUCCCAAAACAUUAUGGCUUGGGAAGAGAAUUUGUUAGAUGAUUUACUGAAUUUUGCUGCCACUCCCAAAGGACUUCUACUUCUUCAAAGAACAGGUGCCCUCAAUGAAUGUGUGACAUUUAUGUUCAGCCAAUAUGCAAAAAAAUUACAGAUCAGCAGGCAUAGAAAGUUUGGCUAUGAAGUUUUGGUUACACAAGUGGCAUCAACAGCAGCAGGUGCAGUAGCACUACAAAGUUCAGGGUUCAUUAAUGCACUUAUUACUGAAUUAUGGGCCAAUCUGGAAUGUGGAAGAGAUGAUGUUAGAGUAACCCAUCCCAGAUCUACUCCAGUGGACCCUAUUGACCAAAGCUGUCAAAAGUCUUUUCUAGCACUGGUGAACUUGUUAUCUUAUCCCGCUGUUUAUGAGCUGGCAGGCAAUCAAGGUCUUCCUAAUAAAGCAGAGUACUCUCUUCGUGAAGUCCCAACAUGCAUUGUUGAUAUUAUUGAUAGACUUAUAAUUUUGAAUUCUGAAGCUAAGAUUCGUUCUUUAUUCAACUAUGAACAGUCACACAUAUUUGGUUUAAGAUUAUUAAGUGUGAUAUGCUGUGAUCUAGACACCCUUCUCCUACUAGAGGCUCAGUAUCAAGUGUCUGAAAUGUUACUAAAUGCUCAAGAAGAAAAUACCUUAGAGACCUCUGAGAGCCACAGAGAUUUUAUAAUUGACAGCUUAUCAGUAGAGAGAAAUCAUGUUCUUGUUAGGAUAAAUCUUAUUGGUGGGCCAAUGGAACGAAUUUUGCCUCCAAGGAUACUAGACAAGGUAAAUGAUCUAUAUCCUUGGCCGAUGUUUUCAUCAUAUCCUUUACCAAACUGCUAUCUGUCAGACUGUGUUACAAGAAAUGCUGAUCUAAAACAAGACAAUAUUGUUGGCAAACUUUUACUACAUUUCAAAAUGUGUGAUAAACAAACUGAGUGGAUAGAAAACUGUCGGAGACAAUUUUGCAAAAUGAUGAAGGCCAAACCUGGUAUAAUCAGUGGAGGAGCUUUAGUAGAAUUACUUGGAAAAUUUGUGCUUCAUCUCUCUGAAAGCCCAUCUGAAUGCUACUUCCCCUCAGUGGAAUAUACAGCUAUUGAUGCAAAUGUGAAGAAUGAAAGUCUUUCAUCUGUGCAGCAGCUUGGCAUUAAAAUGACCGUCAGGUAUGGCAAGUUCCUCAGCCUGUUAAAAGAUGGUGCAGAAAAUGAUCUUACCUUGGUUUUAAAGCAUUGUGGGAGAUUCCUGAAACAGCAGCGAGCUUCUGUAAAAUCUUCUCUUCUUUGCUUGCAGGGGAGUUACACUGGCCAUGACUGGUUUGUAUCUUCUUUGUUCAUGAUGAUGCUGGGGGAUAAAGAGAGAACGUUGCGAUUUCUUCAGCAGUUCUCCCGGCUUCUGACUUCUGCUUUCCUUUGGUUGCCAAGACUACAUAUUUCUAGGUACCUACCUACUGACACUAUAGAAUCUGGCAUUCAUCCAGUGUAUUUCUGCAGCACUCACUACAUUGAAAUGCUACUGAAAGCGGAGGUGCCACUUGUGUUUUCAGCUUUUCACAUGUCUGGUUUUGCACCAUCACAGAUUUGCCUGCAAUGGAUAACUCAGUGUUUCUGGAAUUAUUUGGAUUGGAUAGAAAUCUGCCAUUAUAUUGUUACUUGUGUUUUCCUUGGUCCUGAUUAUCAAGUGUACAUCUGUAUAGCUAUAUUCAAACAUCUACAGCAAGACAUUCUGCAGCACACUCAGACUCAAGAUCUGCAGGUGUUCCUAAAAGAAGAACCACUGCAUGGGUUUCGAGUGAGUGAUUACUUUGAAUAUAUGGAAAUUUUGGAACAAAACUACCGACCAGUGCUGCUGAGAGACAUGCGGAACAUUAGAGUGCAAAGCACAUAGAUCAUAGAACACACAAUUUAAUUUUAUGUUUUAUUUAUUUUUAAAGAAAACAAAUGGACUUGACUGUUUUCUAUCUGUGUCCAUAACAACAUAUGCUUUGUGAAUAUACAAUAUUGUAAAUUGUAAAUCAUUCCUGAGAGUUUUGAAUAUAAUAAUAUAUUCAAGUAUGUAUCAGCUCAAUAUGUGAUAUGAAGUGAAUUCAUUUUUCUAAGUUUGUUGUUUUAUAAGGUUGUUUAAGAAUAAGAUCUGUCUUAUAGUUCUUUGUGUUUAAGAGUUAGUCUUAACAUUUCUUCCUUCCCUAGAUGAGUAAAACAUUUUUUUCAAUGAGUUUGGAAAGUAGCAGCAAAAUUGUAAAAGUAAUUGUUUGACCAGCGAGAGGGAGUCCAUGUAAACAAGGAAGAUAACUGUCUUCCUCAUUUUUUAUGUCUUCACAUAUAAAAGAAAAUAGACAAAGCCACAACUGCUUAUUUUACAUACGGAGGAACAAAUGAUAUUUAUCAUAGCAAGUAGUAUGAAAAUUAUUGUCCUCAGACAUAAUUGUUUUUCUAGGAAUUGCUUUUGAUACCUAUUUCAAUUUAUAAUUUUUCAGUGUGAAAUGUAGUCUCCACAUGGUUCAUUUAAAAAUAGAUUGGUUAUUUCAUACUGAUAAGCAUUUGACUCUCAUUUGUUACGCAUAUUCCUUACUGAUAGGUUUAAUUUGUCCUGAACUUGAAGACGUUAAGGAGAAUAGAUCUGCAAAUUAUUUUAAAUGACUAACAAUGUUUUAUUCUAUUUAAAUACAAGGCCCAGCCAAAUGAGAUUAAUACAGUAUGCUAGGAUCUAUUUCCUUAUAACUGUCACAUUUAAUAUAUGAAUGAUAAGACACAAAAUAUUAAUUUCAAUUAAUUUAUAAACAAGUUUUAAAAAUUAUAGGUAGAGAUUGUUUUAUAUUCAUUACUUAUGUUUAAAUAUAAGUCAACCACUCAAAUCAUUCUGAAGCUUUUUUUUCUUUUCAACCAAAAAUGGCUUAUCCACAAAUUCAUUUCUCCUUUAGUAUGAUGAAACAACUGGUAUCAUACAAUUUUUAGUUUCGUGAUAUUUAGGCAACUGCAAAAUCAACCUUCCAAAAUCAGGUUUUAUGCUGUAAAUGUCAACAAUAGCUUCUCGUAAUGGUGUUCCUAAAGGGCACUGAAAAAAUUGAGAAAAGGAAAUUGAGCAGGUUAAUUUGACAUAUUGCUCACUUUAGCUCUGGCUGAUAUGAGUUAGGUGACAGAGCCCUAGGUUACUCAAAACAUCAAGUUUUGUCUACUUUCAAACUUAAUUUUGAAAAGCUGUUCCACAGAAUCUGUAAUACAUGUUUAUGGUUCCAUUUCUUCCCAUUCUGUUUCUAAGUUAUAGUUAUUGGUCCUGAGAAAGUUGCAGCUUUCUUUCUUUUUAAAAGUUCUUACAUGGUAAUUGGAAAUACAAAUAGAGAAGAGCUAUAACUUAAUUUUAUAAUAUCCAUUGGUGAUUUUGAUUGGAAAUUGAAGUAAGACCUAGAUAUUACAUUUUGGAAAAGUGACUUCAGCUGGAACAAGAAAGCUUUCAUUUUCCACUUGACAAAUCUGAACAACGACCUAGCAAUUUGGUGAAAUAAAAUGUAAAAUAUAGUAGUUUUUGUAAUUGCCAUUGUGAAUUUUUUUUUCCUAUUUUUGAUUUAAGAAUAUUCUUUAGAGUAGAAAUAAAUACAGCCCUGUCUUGCCUCACUUUUGUUUUUAAUUAUUUAAAAUAUAAGUCCUUAAGACUUAUUUCUAAUUUGUGAAGGAGUACCUUAUACAUUUUACAGGGUUUAUUAUAAUAAACUACAUUUUAUGAUACAAUGUAAACAAAUCUGUGAAAAAUUUAAAUGUUCAUAUGUAAAUCUUUGAAUAUCUACUUUUGAAGUUUCAUUUUCGUAGUUAUGCCUCCUUUUGAUAUUUAGGCAUCUAAAGAAUCUGUGAAGGUAAAGUAAGCCUCAGAAAUUCAUCUAAACUUUCUACAGGAUUCUUCCUCAAUUUAUGAUUAUUAAAUUAUGCUGUGCUUUAGUUUGACUUUCCAAUUCCAAUGUGUUAAGGACAUUGCUUUGGCCAUUCAUUAUACAGACAUAUUUUGAGAAUUACACAUAUAAUGAAAUAUUUUUAAUAUUCAAGGUAGGAUAAAGGAAAGACAGCAUCUCCAUUCAAAGAGUCCACAGCCCUCUUGGGAAGGUAGAUAAUUUUAAAACUGAAAAUAGAAUUAUAAAGGUAAGUGAGAGCUGACCUCUGAAUUUAGUGACCUUGAUAAGAGCCGUUUUGAUGGAGUAGUGAGGGCAAAAGUUUGUUUGGAGCAUGUUUAAAUGAUGCUGAGAGGGAAGAUUUUGGAAACUGCUCUUUCCAGGACUACUGCUGUUACAGGGAAAAAGAAUGCAGGUGGUAAACUAGAGGAGGCAUGGGAUCAAAAGACUUUUUUAAGAUGAGAAAUGGAAACAUGUUUAUAUGUGGGUAGAAAUGAUGCAGUAAAGAAGGAAAAACUGAUGAUGCUGAAGAGAAAUGCUGGAGUGAAUGUCAUGAGUAAAUUGUAGGGGAAUGGGAUCUAGUUAAUAAGUCUUGGAAUUAGCCUUUGCCUGGAAUAUGGACACUUCAUUCAGAGUAACAGAAGAAGAGACAGUGUAAAUGGGCACAGACCCAGGAUGGACAUUUCUAGAAGUUACUGUUCUGUCAGCGAAAUAGGUAACAAGGUCAUCAGCUUAGAAUUAGGACGUUAAAAACUUUGGUAGGUUUUAGGAGAUAGAUAAGAGUAAGUGAAAUAGUUGUUAAGGAUAAUGGGAGAAUGAAUAGACUAGGAAAAUGUAGUGUAAUUGUGAUUUAAUGGUCUUGAGACAGUUAGCAAAGUUAUGUUUUUUUUCCAGUCACAUUUCACUGUGAAGGGGCAGGCAAGGGAGUAGGUAGUAAAUAGGGUUUAGCUGGGGUUUUGGUUUAGCAAGAGAAUAUGAUGAAAUCAGGGAGGACCAAGGGAGUUGAUGGUAUAUGUAAGUGAAUUAUUAUAAUAUUGUGACCAUGGCAAUUAAGCUAGAUCAGAAGGAAGUAGGAGACAAGAGAGGGAUAUGAUAGAUAUCAGUUGAUAGGAUCAACUGAUUGUAUGUUCUGUGUUGAAGGAUUUGAUUUGGAGUACACAGGAGAGGAAGGUGAGAUUAGAACUAGCAGUUAAGUAAAAUGCUUAAAAUUGAGAGUUUGGAAGAGGACCAUGAUAGCUAAGGGAGAGUAGAGGAUGAGCUCAUUGAAGGAAGAUGAGUCAAAGAGCUGAGAUUUCAAAGUAUUGGAAGAAUCAUCUUUUUGGUUAUUGAAAUUACCAAUAUUUUCAUAAGAAACUAUUUUGGAUAGCUUGAAAAUGACUCAAAAGUUAAAAUCUUCAAGGAUUUAGUCUAGAAAAAAAGAAAUAACAAGAGGAAAUCUGGGCUGCAGAAUCAUAGAUAUCAAAGGCAAUGGUACACAGUGAUUGUUACUUUAACAUAAUAUUUAAUUUGUAAAUAAAACAGUUAAUCUAAUUUUUGAAGCCUUUCAUUAGACAGACAUUUGUUACCACACAAAAACCACAAGCCAUAAAAGAAAAAAUUGAUAAUUUUUAUAGACUUCUUCAAAAUUUAAAAAGGAAAAAAGAAAAAACUCUUUAAAAGCACUUCCAAAUACAUGAAAAGAUAAGCCACAAACUAGGAGAAUAGAUUUAUCUAGUAAAAGACCUUGUGUUCAAAUUAUAAAAAGAUUUUUAACCACUCAAUGAUAACAGAACAAAUAACCUAAUAAAGUAGACAGAAUAUUUUAAACACUUUACCAAAUAAGAUACACAGAUGACAACUAAGCACAAAAAGAUGCUCAUCAGUUAUUUAGAAAAUGCAAAUUAAAACCUCAGGAGAUACUAAAAUGCAAGGGUUGGCUAGGAAGUAUAACACCUGGGACUCAUACAUUUUCUUGUAAGAAUGAAAAGUGGAACAGUCAUUUUGGAAAUCUGACUUUAAAAAUUCUCUACAAUUCAAAGCUAGACAUAUUUUUUGUACUUUAUCCAAUUUUCCCAUUUUUCCUUCUUGUAUUGAAAGGUAAAUUUUUUUAUACUCUAGAUCUGGUGAUGUAGACCAGAUCAAUGUAUAAGGGAUUAUUGAUGUAUUUUUGAAUUGUUUUAUAUUCUGUAGUGAUAGAUAAAACAAAUGUUCCCUUCUAAGUGAUGUAAAUUUAACUAACAUGUUCUUUGUAGCAAAAUUGACUGACUUACAUUUUUUCAGCAAAAUAUUAAGAAAGAGUUAUUACUUAAGUAGGUGCCAAUGUAUUUACUUAUCUGAUAAGUUUAAACAGGGUCAGGGCAGUUAACCUCACAUAAACUCUGAGUUUUCAGCAUUAGCAGUAUUUUAGCUUUUAAAAUCAGUUAACUUUGGCUCAUUUCCCACCCCAUACUCUACCACUGGCAAUAGGCCACCAUGAAAUACUGAGCACCAUGGAAAUAAUUGGACUGUCAUGUUUGCUAAUAGAGUGCUUUUGAGAUUCAGUGGGAGAGACAGUUAUUAAAUGUUGGCUGUUAAAGUUUGAUCAUCUAAUCCAAGAUUUAAGCAUUUAUCUGCUGUCAUCAUAAUUUGUGUCAGCUGUUCUUUAUUGAAUAAUACAUUUAUGUUUAGCCUUUUCCUAAAAUGCUAAAGUUCAUCUUUUUCAGAGCAUCUCUAAAAUGUAAUACUCUUACAACAUCAAAUAUAUUAACUACAGUUUUAUUGGAAAUCAUCGGAUAACGGAAACCAAAAUGCUCCAAACCAAAAUGAUCUCCAUAAAUGUCUGCAUUUUUCUUAUAAUUUUCCUCAGAGAAAAAUUUUCAAAUUAAUAUUUUGCUUACUGUCAGGAAAUUAUUUUAACUUGAAAAAGGUAUUUAUUAGAAUGAAUCAUGGGAAUGGUAGAGACUAAUUAAUGUUCACCAAUCAGUUUCCUCUCCCUGGGUUAAAUAUAUUGCAAGUCAUUUAAUAGGCUUAACCAAUGUUAAGUUAGUGGACCAGAGCAUAAAGAGCAGGUGUACCUUCUCUUCUAUGGCUUUCUUUUUCUCUUCCUGGUGCCCCCAGAACCUGGCUGCUCAAAUUUGUAGAGAGCAAAAACCUCCCUAUCAACCCACAUUGGACUGUGACCUGGAAGUCAACCUUGCAUUAAGUGACUGAAAUCGUAUGGUUGUUUAUUAUUGUAUCUAGCAUUAAAUACCCUGUCAGCUUC